UAAUAGUAUAGAUAGUUCCGGUUCCGGUCUUCGAAGUGUAAACAUCAUCGUCAUUAAAGUCGCGUUAAAAACUAAAAUAAAAUAUUUAUAAACACCAUACACUACAAAAUACUAACGUGCAACAACGAAAAGGAGGCUUGAUUGUGCUGGAGAUAUUAACGAAGGCGUAAUUUGCACAUAACAUCGCAGCAAAGAACAAAGAAGAAAUCACAUCAACAAAGUUUUGAGGGUAGAUCAUAAACUAUUCUAUAAGUGAUAUUUUUUCGACUUUGACAGUUCUAGUGAAGCAUUAAUAACUUGCCAUAGAUACAAGAAAAAUAGUUACUUGCUGAUAACUAUUGACUGACAUACACAUCAGUGUUGCAAGUGCUGAAAAAAAAAAUCUAUGGUUUUUUGAGAUUACGUUUCGUUUCACGUAAACAUAGCAAAAUGGAAACACAAUUCCAACUUUUGUUCGAUAAAAUGAAACUAGAAAUGCAAAAACAAUCUGAGGAAAUUACUGAAUCCAUUACGAAGAACAUUAUGUCUAGACUGGAUGAAAAAUUAACACCGAUAAUAGAAGAAAACAAAAACUUAAAGCUAAAAAUAGAAUCCCAGGCGAAAGAAAUAGAAUAUUUAAAAAGAGAAAAAAGAAAUAACAAUAUAAUUAUAUUUGGUGUGGAAGAAAUAGAAAAAUCAACAUUAGAAUUAAUGGAUAUGAUAACUAAAACAUUCAAAAGCGACAUAAAUAUUGAUAUCGAAGAAAAUGCAAUAAACAAUUUAUACCGAUUAGGGAAAAAAAGUAUAGAAGGUAACAAACCGAGGCCAGUCUUCUGUUCUUUCGUUAACGCAUGGAAAAAGAAUGAAAUAAUGAAAAACAAAAAACACCUUAAGGAGAUAUACGUCACUGAAGACUACCCAAAGGAAGUUCUGGCGAAAAGGAAGGCGUUGCAGGCGGAGUUGGUAGAAGAAAGGAAAAAGGGGAAAAUAGCGUUUUUGAAAUAUGAUAGACUUGUAGUAAAGGAAAUUGAAACAAACAACGAAAAAAGAAAACGGGAAACUUCUUCUUCACCACAUUCUUCGGAUAUUCAACCUAAAAAACAGCAAGCCACCGUACCCUUUAAGGCCAAUAGAACAAACGCAUUUGAUUUGAUGAGAAUGAGAUCUAACUCUCUUACUAACGCCCCUACAAACAAGCAACAGUAGCAACAAAUUCUCGGCAAUCGGAAAAUCCAACAAAAACAAGAAACAAAAAUAUAUUCAAGUACAAAACUACACCCUCCCCCAAGCCGACUGGUCCUCGUGGGGGAAAACGACCAACACCCUCUAAGGAUAGACAAACAAAAAAGGGAAAAUAACUGCCUCAUACAUAUAGCGACGCUUAAUACACGCUCACUAAGAUCCCCAGAUAAACUCAUUGAACUAGAAACAGCAAUAGACGAAAUAAAUUGGAGUAUUAUUGGUAUAAGCGAAGUGAGAAGACUAGGAGAAGGAA